AUGGACGAAAGCUUGAAAGACAUUCUGUCCAGACACUGGAACGUCCUGGUCAGAUACAUCAAUCCUACUAGUUCUCUGAUCAGUGUCCUGGUGGAGGACAAAGUCCUGCCUUCGGCGAUGAUUGAGGACAUCAAGGUAAGAACAUCUUUGCAGCUCUGAGGGGCGGUGGAAUUCUCUCAUUAUUUCAUUUGCUAUAGAUGACUCGCCAAACAAUGGCGACGCGUGAAUGUCCCAUCUACCCUACUAAAGUUACUUGACAAAACACGGAACGUACUUUUAAAAAUACACAUCUUAGUGCUAACUCCUGGGAUAUUUGUAUGUGUUUGAGCGCCUAUUGAACACAGCGUUACAGACAUACAUACAUGCAUACAUACCUAGAAUAUUUUUAUUUAUAGUAACAAUUAAAAGGGGAAAAAAAACUAUUAGUUAUUAAUAAAUUCCACACCCCCCACCCCAAAUCACACCGUGUGUUGGGGAGGUGGCGGAGUGAAUGGUCAACGCUAGACUAUAUUGGGGAGGCAGCGUAUGGACCAGGUAAUCCAUUUUAUCCAAAGUACCACCAGUGAGCUUCAGAUGACAAAUCAUACUGUCGCAGUUUUCUUUGACCUCCAGAAUGCUUACGACAAAGUCAGGAGGGCCGGUCUGCUGUACAAGUUACAAUUGCUCAGAGUAACAACCAACAUCCACCGGUGGUUCAAUUUUUUCCCGUCAAACCGUACGCUUUCCACCCGUGUCGGAAACAAGGUUUCGGACAUGUGUGCACUCGAGGAUGGGGUCCCACAGGUGUCGGCCCUGAGCUGCACCCUCUUCCUGGCGUACGUGUAUGAUCUGCAGUCACUUUUGGUAACGAAGAACACAGUGUUUGCAAGUGAUUUGGCAAUCAAGUGCUCUGGCUCAUCCAUUCAGCAACUGCAGAGCCGGCUGCAAUGUGAUAUCACUGAGAUACAGGGUUACGCUCGGAAAUGGAGAUUGGUGGUAAAUGCGGAGAAAACUGUCUACUCAUUAUUUACCAACAGAAGGGAUGCUCUCUAAGAAGAUAUCCAUCUUCACACCUGCGGGAAGUCACUCAAAUGGGAUAAGUCACCCACGUAUUUGGGCAUAAAGUUGGACCAAAAACUCCAACUUCAUAACCAUGUACGAAAUUCGGCCCUCGAGCCACGUCCAAACUCAAACUGGUUAAAAAAUUUGCUAGCACUACUUGGGGAGCUGAUGCAAGACUUGUGAGAACACUCUAUCCCGGGAGCCUAAGACCUUGACUACAGCCUCCCGGUGCAGGGCUUUGCAAGCCGAACGGCUCUAGAGGGUCUGGACCGGAUACAGAAUCUAGCUCUCAGAUUUGUAAGCCGGGCUUUGCGUACUGAACCCAUGGCCGCCGUGGAAAUUAUCUCAGACAUAGAGCCACUACACAACAAGAGGGACAAGGCCAUCCUAACGACCGUAGAGCGUUACCGUCGAAUGGAAAGGACGAAACCCUGUUACCAAUUACAAGCCCGCUGGGUAAAGAGGACAAGGCUAAAAAGACCCUCCUGUAUGGAUGCGAUCCAUUCACUCGAGAACAAGCACCCUUUAGCAGGGAACAGGAAGAAAAUACGCCUGAUCCAGGAGAGAGCACCACAGGAUGGCUGCGAAGUGCCUGACGUCUGAAGCUGUCCAACACGGCAGUUAACAAGUCGAGCCCCUAAUAUGAGCAAAAUGGGACCGCUAUAGAGUCGAUCGAGUCAUAUAAAGACGACGUGGUAACAGUCUUCACGGACGGCUGCUAUCUCGUCAUCGAGUAGCGGGCAGGCUCCGGAACACUCAUCCAGUUUCCCAAAGCGGGUACCUCCAACGGAGGAAAUUUUUGUCCCAAGUGGCACGAAAAGCACUGCACUUGAAGCAGAAAUCGAAGCAAUAUUAAUGGGCCUGAAACAAGCGCGACGCAGAUUAGCCAGGCGUAAAACACGUCAAUCCAUUGUAGAGUUCACCAAUUCACAAUGUGCUCUUGAAAUUGUAAACAGGGGCUCUGUGAACACGAAAAUGACCAAUGCAAUUUUGAAGCUCGUACAUGACAUACAGUCUCACGGGGGCAACGUUACGCUUCAGUGGAUUCCAGGACAUGCGGGGAUCCCCCCACAGGAUAGAAAUGACUAUAUUUUGAGACAAGGCUCUUCCCAGCCUCAACCUAACCGACCAAUGACCCAACUGGGGAACAAGGCCUGGAUCAAGGACCUCUUCCGUGAGGAAUGGACUAAAGAAUUGGAAAAGGGAUCUACGCAGUCCGAACAAUUUACCGAAAUAUGCCCAAAACUAACCGAAAAGGCGAUUACUGGUGGUGUCUUAAACACCCCCAGCAGAGCCUCAUCACGCAGAUGAAGACAGAGCAUUGCCAUAGCCGUACCUACCUGAAUAGGCUGCACCCACUGCGGGACCCGAGCUGCCGCUAUUCUGGAAAGGCGCCGGAGAUCGGUCGAGCACCUACUAACCGAGUUCUCGGCAUUAACUACUGGUGUGACAGGGUGCUCCCAACCAACCAUGUCGAGAGCCUGAUUUACGGAACUGCCCAGCAGAUGAGGCAGGCCUGUACCAUACUUGCCAGGGCCAUUGAAGAGCUAUAGGUUGGUCCCAAAAAGUGAAUGACCUAUAAUAUGUACUGUUUGAUACGAAACAUAGAGUAAAAUAAGAGAUUAGAUUCUCUACAUAAUAGCAGUAGGUAACAAGUAGUAGAAAGAUCCACUUUCUAUGUAACAUUAAUUAAUCUGACUAAUGAAUAUAUCAAUAUUUCGAUGUUUGUAAAUCUGUUUAUAGAUUUAACCAUUUGUAAUCUGAGAGUCCAUUUCAGGACUUGGAAGGGUGAGACUCAAAAACUUUCCAACAAGACGAUGAAGCUGCAUAACUAAUAAACUGCGCAACAUUCUGCGCAGUCCGCUUUGUGUUUAGCACACAUAUCGUGAAGUGAUUGAAAAAUAAUUUUUAAAAAAUAUUUUAAAAAAACACAUUUUUGUUUAAAUUACCAUAAAAAUUGCAAGACACACAACGUGUCCUUCACAUUGUUAGGUAACAACAAGCCACUGAGCAAUAGCAAGGCCACCUCCCCCCCCCCCAACCUCCCAACGGUUCUGUUAGACUGAGACUCGCAUAAGAGGCACCCACCUCAUGAAUCAAAGACUGCAACAAGUCAAGGCUAUCUCCCCCUCCCUUGUAUGGAUGGCCAACAUAAGAUUCUCUGGCCCCCACGAUUCUUUGGGCAAUCAUCUCCAGUUUCGAACUAUCUUUAUCUUGUGCCUGCCUGGCAUUCCAUCACCCCAGGUUGGAUAAGAGACUUGGGGUGGGGGGGGGUGGGGGUGGGGAGGAGCAGUGAUCUUCAGCCUGGACUCUGUUACUGCUCUUGACAAAAUUUAAUCCAUCAUGUCGGACACAGGCAGCUAAACAUUCUACAACUGCUCAUAAAUAUAUAUUGGCAAUGUAAGUUCGUCUUGACCCAAAAACGGAUGCAAAUUUGAGCUAUCCCCACAACACACAUACCAAUGAAAACACACCAACCACACCAACCACACCAAUAAAAACACACCAACCACACCAACCACACCAACCACACCAAUAAAACCACACCAACCACACCAACCACACCAAUAAAAACACACCAAAAAAAAAAAAAAAACGGGCCACACUUUAGACACCUAGUUCCAGUUCUUGUUUCCUUGUUACGUUCCAGAAAGGCAACACUCGCCGUGAGAAGAACGAGAUCCUGUUAAAGUCCAUGAAACUAAGGGGCAACAUCUCCUACCGGAAGUUCAGAGAAGCCAUGUUAAAAUGUGGCCAGGUUUUUAUUGCGGACCUGCUUUACGAAGAAGGUAGAUAUGCCAGUUCGAGAUAUGUUUUUGACAUGAUUUAAUUUAACCUUAAUCCAUCUCAAAGACAUCAAAUCAAGUCCACGAAAUAUUGAAACAUUAGUUACUGUAAUAUUUGGGUGGCCGAGUGGUCUAAGCUGAGUAAAUCUCUCAAGUUGAUGGUCUGGAGUUCUAUCCCCAACCAAAGCACGGGCAAGCAAAAAAAAAACAUCACAUGCAUCCCGGGUGGAUGAGACUUGUUAUUCAGACUCAUGGGCGGAUAACAUUUGUGCAAUGAAACAUUCCGAUGUAAACAAAGGCCUAUCCAAAGGCCUGUCCUUUGUGUUGAUUUGAGAAAGUUUGAAAUGUUCAAAUGUAAGGAUGUAACUAUGAUCUUUUUUAAUGUUUCGAAACCCGUCGCGCCAGAAAAUUUAAUUCAUUCGUUUUUUUUUUAUCGCAGAAUUAAAAAAACACACACACAUAAAAUUAACAAAAACGUCUCCAACUUUCAUAAGGUCAAGGUGAUCUAUUUUAGCAUUGGCCACGACCCCGCUAUCAAUCUGCACUGUAGUUGAGUAAAAUAGAUUGGUGUUUGUAUGACAUAACGCCGGCACUGAGCCACAAUGUUCUGUGUUUUACAAAAUAUAUUGGUGUUUCUAUCAUAUACCACUGGCACUGAGCCACAAUGUUCUGUAUUUUACCAAAUUUUAAUAUAUUGGUGUUUUAUGACAUAACACCGGCACUGAGGCACAAUGUUCUGUGCUUUACAAAAUAUAUUGGUGUUUUUAUGACAUAACACCGGCACUGAGCCACAAUGCUCUGUGUUUUACAAAAGACUUUGUUUUUUAAAAUCAUAUAACUCCGGUACUGAGCAACAUUCUUUUUGUGUGUUUCACUAAAGACACGUUGCACAUGUAUCAGCUAAUGUGUUAUCGUUAACUUGACAGAGGUCAUCGGGUCGAUGGUUGAUGAGAAUGACCUAACGUCCGUCCCUUCUCUCAAACUUUCUCUGUCCAAUGAAGAACUCAAG